ACGAAGAGGAGCAGCGAUGAGAGGGGAGAGCAAAAUAUCUCGGUUGAUCUGUAGCGCUAGCUAAAGAAAAAAAAAAAAAAACUAAACAAGAUUUAACAAACAGCUUCACGCCUAGGUUGAACAAUAGACCAAAAUCUUCAAGCCUGUUAUAUGUUAGACGUAAUUUCUUGACAAAACGUGAAGUGAGAUUUGGAAGUACGUGGCCAAAGAAGCCAAAUUGUAUGUGUGAAGUGCUAACUGUUAGCUGACAGGCUACCUAGCAUAGCCAUUGAUGCAAUGGCGUUGAAGAGAAUUCAGAAGGAACUGUCUGACCUGCAGAGGGACCCACCUGCUCAGUGCUCCGCUGGACCAGUCGGAGAUGAUUUGUUUCAUUGGCAGGCAACAAUAAUGGGUCCGAGUGACAGCCCAUAUCAGAGUGGAGUGUUUUUCCUCACCAUUCACUUCCCAACAGAUUACCCCUUCAAGCCACCCAAAGUUGCAUUCACAACGAAAAUUUACCACCCUAAUAUCAACAGCAAUGGAAGUAUUUGUCUGGAUAUACUGAGAUCACAGUGGUCACCUGCACUUACAGUAUCAAAAGUAUUAUUGUCUAUCUGCUCUCUUCUUUGUGACCCAAACCCGGACGACCCAUUGGUACCAGAGAUCGCACAUACAUACAAGGCUGACAGGGAAAGGUACAACAAAUUGGCAAGAGAUUGGACACAGAAGUAUGCAAUGUGAGAAUGCAAGGGAGAUCAAAAUACAUUUAAGAACAAAAGAAACACAUUUGAUUUGUAACUUGAGGCAAAUGAGCAACAGAGGGAAAAAACUAGACAACAGCCCAUCUUUUGGAGGAGGAAGCGAUACAAUGAGGUACAGUGCCACCUGGCUUUCCAUGUGCUGAGCUGCUACCAUGUGCUGUCCUUCAUGACUUGUAUGGAUCUGCUGAGCAGGACCUGAUGGACUCCUUAAAGCACUCCCAUAUGGAAUACCGGAAACUCUUCACAGUUCAUACCGUCACACUCAGACUUUAAACUGUUACUCCUGCUAUUGUGAUUAUCACUAGCAUCGUUGCUAUUCAUACGCAUCAUUUUCACUGUCCAUGAUUCAUAUCAUUGUGCUACUCAGAAAAUGUUCAAUUUUAUUUAGGAGAGUGUUUGUCCCUUCAUUUUUCAGAGGUACUGUCUGUGUCCCACUGGAUUUCUUGUUAUUACUGUACUUCCAUGUAUUUAGUGGCCUUUCUGUGUUGUUCUUUUCGGUAUAUGUGCAAUUGAGGCAGAAUGUUCCCUGUCCAACACAAAAUGGUGCAGUGCCAUUACCAGCAGCUGAUCUGUUGGCACACACUGUCUCUACCCCGAAACAAUGUGAAAGAUACAAAGAGUCACAUCAAAUUGCAUCAGUAUUUAGAGGUUUUUGAAGACACUGGAAAGCUGCUCUUAGGAGCCAGCGGGCCCUGGUUUCACUAGGGUGAAUGUCAACUUCCAUUUUUCUCACUCAUGUUGUCAUUGCCCUAAUAUCCUGUAUAAGUAACCAUCCAUGGCUGGUGUCCAUAGUGCACAAAAUACUACUGUUGUUUGACUUGUUACUUGUUGUGUAGCUAUGAACAUAGCUACUCUUUGGCCUAAAGCUAAGCUGUGUGCCACUUCCUCAGUACAGUUACUCAGGUAUCUAACCAACUCAUCAGCCUUUUACAUGCAGUGACCCAUGGUGAGAAAAAUGACCAGGGCUCAUAUGAUCAGGCUUCUAAAAAAUGGUACUUAUCGAAGUUCACUGUUAAGUUCACAUAAAAAAGAAAAUAUUACACUUCCUGAAGAGGCAAAAUGAUCAAAGCACUCCUGAAAGUCCUUUAUGCAUAUAGGCUGUAUCUCACAAAAAUAUGCUGUCCCAGAAGUACUGUCAUUUUUUUUCAUGGAGGAUUUAUUUGUCAUUAUCCCCCUCUAGUUCUUCUCAUCAACAUGUCAGUUUAUUUUCAGAAGACAUCUGCAUGUGAACAGCUUUUAAAUUGCGCUGUUGAACAUGCUACUGUUUCUUUGAAAUUAAAUGGCCUUUGGUUACAGCUAGAGUCACUUAGUAUCCUCAAAAUGGGAAUUUAAACAUUCUUUACAUUUUGCAGAACCUAGUCAAUUCAAGUCAUGUGCAUCCUGUUACUUGAGGUGAAUAAAUACAGUAAUUGCCAUGACAAUGUAAUCUGCUUUAAAUAUCAGGUGAUGUUCAGUUUGUCAACAUUUCUUAUAUUCAUGAUCAGGUCUACAAACACGUUUUGUUUGGGGAUUAAUAAUCCACACUGACAGUAAAACAGUUAGUCUGGGUGAUACAUUUGUGACCUUUUGUAUUGUAUCGUUGAAAGCUUUAGGUUUAAGCAGUUUUUUUUCUCCAUUAAUGUCACCAGAAUUGAUCAUGAUUGAUGUGUCAUAAUGUAAUAUUAGUUUUAAUAUAAUCCAUUGUGACCGUUGGAUAACGUAGUUAGGAAAUGCUAUAAUUUUGUUUAAUUUUUUUUUUAUCUUGGCUCAUAAUGUGCUGAUGCUGCCAAUAUAAAGGGAAUUAUUUGAUAUAACAGGGGAUACAUUUUUGUUAUUGAGACAUUAUUGAGAGGAUUCACCCUGAAAGGUUCAUAGUAAAGCAUGAAAAUUUUAGAAGCUUUGAUUGUAGAAAUAACACCACGGUUUAGGCACCAAAUAGAGAUUUGCAUCAUUGUUAGCUGCUGUAGAGAAAAUUGUUAAAACAAGUUGUCCUGAAAUACAGUAUAUACUAAAAGGUUUAAAAACGUAUACUCAAAACGCAGUGAAAAGUCCCUCUGCUGCCAGACUACAAUUGAAAAUGACUUGUGUGUUUAUAGUAAUAGUUAAAACUUUGUGUGCGUUGUUGUUUGUUCAUCUGGCUAUUUAUUUAUUUGAAAGCUGAGUAUCUUCCAACUGUACGAUUGAAUGCCGCCUCAAUUCAUCACAUGAGUGAUGUGACAUUGACUUCCUAUGUCCAGUGUGCUCAGUAGAGUUUAUAUAGGCAGCUUGGCAUGCUUUGCACUCUGGAGAACCUUCUCACAGCCAUUUGCCAGAUAUCAGGGAUUUCGUUACAAUUCAUUUGCCUAACACCUCUGACUAAAAUUUUAGCCUUAACCCUCAUUUUGUGUAUAUAUACAGAGAGAACAUUGUCAUGAACUGUAAAUUUGCUAUCAGGGCUGUAUCCCCGAAAUGGGUGAUUCACUUCAUCAGUAGACAUGAAAUCCUGCUUGAACAGCACCAAUAUUUUUGUUGAAAAUUUCAGCCUGGCUUUCUCUGAAUGCAGGACCAGCCUUCAUGCAUCUUAAAAUUUGAAAUAUGUGUGCUUGAACUGCCACCAUGAACCUCCACAUGUCCUCACAUAGCCUACACAAGAUAACUAUUGACCAUGUCAUAACAUAUGAAUAAACUCAUCUUGGUUUACUGUU